CCACUGCUUCCAUCCUCGGGGCACGAUAAUCGAGGCCUCAGUGCAGGAGAGGCACUCCCCCUCUCUUUAAAUCCUCAUCUUCCGUCGCCCUCUCCCUCAACCUUCAUCUCUUCCUCUCUACUGUUAAUGGGGAAGAUCAUGAAGCACCUCUCACUCUCGUUCUUCUCCUUCCUAUUUUUCUCUCUGUGCUUCCAGCAAUGCUCGGCUGCCCACGAUGACCCGCAGGCGGCCGGGCCGGAUUCCGGCCGUUUCGACACCGGAGGGCUGCACAGGGGCAGCUUCCCCAAGGGUUUCGUCUUCGGGACGGCGACGUCGGCUUACCAGGUGGAGGGCAUGGCCGACAAAGACGGCAGAGGCCCCAGCAUCUGGGACGUCUUCGUCAAAAAGCCAGGGAUCGUUGCUGGGGGCGCCACGGGAGAGGUGUCCGUGGACCAGUACCAUCGCUACAAGGAAGAUGUGGACAUAAUGGUCAAGCUUAACAUGGAUGCUUACAGAUUCUCCAUAUCUUGGUCCCGGAUAUUUCCAGAGGGAGCGGGCAGAGUGAACCAAAAGGGUGUGGAUUAUUACAACAGGUUGAUCGAUUACAUGCUGGAGAAAGGGAUCACCCCAUAUGCAAACCUCUACCACUACGACCUUCCCGACGCCUUGGAGCAGAAAUACAAAGGACUGCUUAGCCGCAGAGUCGUGAAGGACUUUGCAGAUUAUGCAGAUUUUUGCUUUAAGACUUUUGGAGACAGAGUGAAGAACUGGAUGACUUUCAAUGAGCCCAGGGUUGUUGCUGCUCUUGGCUAUGACAAUGGCUUCUUUGCACCAGCAAGGUGCUCCCGGCCUAACGGCAACUGCACAGCAGGAGACUCCACUACUGAACCAUACAUUGUUGCACAUAAUCUGAUUCUCUCUCAUGCAGCGGCAGUUGAAAGAUAUCGGACUAAGUAUCAGGCAACUCAGAAAGGCAGGAUUGGCAUUCUUCUAGACUUUGUGUGGUAUGAACCUCUCACUAAUUCGAAGGCCGACCAGUUCGCUGCCCAACGAGCAAGGGACUUCCACAUUGGUUGGUUUCUUCAUCCCAUCGUGUAUGGCGAAUACCCAAAAACAAUGCAGAACAUCGUUGGAAAACGCCUUCCAAAGUUCAGCGGCCAAGAAGUUAAGAUGGUAAAGGGGUCCAUCGAUUUCCUUGGUGUCAACCAGUAUACUGCUUACUACAUGUAUAAUCAGGUUCAGAGCAGCCAGAAACCAGUAGGCUACCAGAACGAUUGGCAUGAUGGUUUUGCUUAUGCACGCCAUGGGGUGCCUAUUGGACCAAGGGCAAACUCAUAUUGGCUCUACAUUGUGCCAUGGGGUAUCAACAAGGCCGUGACAUAUGUCAAAGAACGUUAUGGAAAUCCAACCAUGAUUCUAUCUGAAAAUGGAAUGGACCAACCUGGAAAUGUUACUCUCCCGGGUGGAUUGCAUGACACAUUAAGGAUAAAUUACUACAAGAGCUACCUCAUUGAACUAAAGAAAGCGAUCGACAAUGGAGCUAAUGUGGUCGGAUACUUUGCAUGGUCUCUGCUUGACAACUUCGAGUGGAGAUUGGGCUACACCUCGAGGUUUGGCUUGGUCUAUGUGGACUUCUCGAACCUAAAGAGGUACCCGAAGAUGUCGGCUUAUUGGUUUCAGGAGAUGCUUCGACGUGAUCGGAAGAACUAGACAUUGGCCUGAUUCCAAGACUUGGGCCAACUUCUGAUCCCCAGUAAUAGUAGUAGCCGCAGUAGAACUAGCUCCAGUAGCAGCAUGCUGCCAGCUGAACUGCAGAAAUCGGCAAUUUUCUUUGAGUUUCAGUCUUUGAAUUUGUUUGUUGUGUCCCUUAUAGAUAGUGGUAUCGAAGACUAUAUAUGAAGUUAUAGUGUUUUUGCUUUCA